CGCUUGUUUUUUGGGGGACACAAACUCUCUCCGCUGCCAUCUCCCUUGAGCAUGACUCCCGCAGCAUCCCUGGAUUAAACCGCGCGCGCAGCCGACUUGCUCGGAGCAAGUUCGCUGGCACUUUUUUUUUCUGUCGUGGGAGAGAAAAAGAAAACGCGCACGGUGGUGGAGGAGGAGGGGUAACCACCGCCAUGGAGAGGAGCAUCCCGGGAUGGUGCGCGCUGGUCGCGGCCGCCCUCGUCCUGCUGCACGGCGCGGGCUGCAUGGCGGCCAAGGAGCUCCAGUGCCAGGAGAUCUCCGUGCCGCUGUGCAGAGGGAUCGGCUACAACUUCACGUACAUGCCCAACCAGUUCAACCACGACACGCAGGACGAGGCCGGCCUGGAGGUGCACCAGUUUUGGCCCCUGGUGGAGAUCAAGUGCUCCCCGGACUUGCGCUUCUUCCUGUGCAGCAUGUACACGCCGAUCUGCCUGGAGGACUACAAGAAGCCGCUGCCGCCGUGCAGGAGCGUGUGCGAGCGGGCCAGAGCGGGCUGCGCGCCGCUCAUGAGGCAGUACGGGUUCCCGUGGCCGGACCGGAUGAGGUGCGACCUGCUGCCGGAGCAGGGCCACCAGGACACGCUGUGCAUGGACUACAACCGGAGCCAGACCACCACGGUUUCCCCCGUGGUGGCGAAGCCCACCAACCGACCCCUGAAGCCGUACAACCCGAGGAAGAAGAGCGGCUACGGCCGCGGCAUCCCCGGGAAGCACAAGCCGGCGGCGGCGUCUCCGUGUGAGCCGGGAUGCUUCUGCCGCGCGCCCAUGGUGCCGGUGACCGGCGACGGACACCCGCUGCACAACCGCGUCCAGACGGGGCAGAUCCUGAACUGCGCCGUGCCGUGCCACAACCCGUACUUCACCCCGGAGGAGAGGACUUUCACCGCCUUCUGGAUCGGCCUGUGGUCGGUGCUGUGCUUCAUCUCCACCUUCGCCACCGUGGCCACUUUCCUCAUCGACAUGGAGAGGUUCAAGUACCCGGAGCGGCCCAUCAUCUUCCUCUCCGCCUGCUACAUGUUCGUGUCCGUCGGGUACAUCGUGCGGCUGAUCGCGGGUCACGAGGAGGUGGCGUGCAACCGGGAGAACGGCGCGGAGCACAUCCACUACGAGACCACGGGUCCCGCGCUCUGCACCAUCGUGUUCCUGCUCAUCUACUUCUUCGGCAUGGCCAGCUCCAUCUGGUGGGUCAUCCUCUCCCUCACCUGGUUUCUCGCGGCCGGCAUGAAGUGGGGCAACGAGGCCAUCGCCAGUUACGCUCAGUACUUCCACCUGGCCGCCUGGCUCAUCCCCAGCAUGAAGUCCAUCGCGGUGCUGGCGCUGAGCUCCGUGGACGGAGACUCCGUGGCCGGGAUCUGCUACGUGGGCAACCAGAACUUGGAUAACCUGCGCGGCUUCGUGCUGGCGCCGCUGGUGAUCUACCUGUUCAUCGGCACCAUGUUUCUGCUGGCCGGGUUCGUCUCCCUGUUCCGGAUCAGGAGCGUCAUCAAACAGGGGGGCACCAAGACCGACAAACUGGAGAGGCUGAUGAUCCGGAUAGGUGUGUUCACGGUCCUGUACACGGUUCCGGCCACCGUCAUCGUGGCGUGUUACUUUUACGAGCAGCACAACAGACAGACGUGGGAAAUUACGCACAACUGCACGUGCGCGGCGGACCCGAGCCGGCAGCGGCCGGACUACGCCGUGUUCAUGCUGAAGUACUUCAUGUGCCUCCUGGUGGGCAUCACGUCGGGGGCCUGGAUCUGGUCCGGGAAGACCCUGGACUCGUGGAGGACUUUUUGCACGCGCUGCUGCUGGGGGAGUAAAGCCUCCGCGGGCUCCAUGUACAGUGACGUCAGCACGGGGCUCACCUGGAGGUCCGGGACGGCCAGCUCCGUGUCCUGCCCCAAACAGAUGCCCCUGUCCCGGGUGUGAACGCUUCUUGCGUCAUUUGGCACGAAAGACUUUAAAAACCAGCUCACGUGAGCUCUUCAUUUGGUAAAUUAUUCAAAAGCCAGUUUUUAAUUUAAAAAAAUACAACUUCUGAUCACGUGCACUCCCCCUAAUGUGAACGUUUGUGUGUGUUAAACAAUCUGCUUUUAUAUAUAUAAAAGUUAUAUAAGAUCAGUUUGGACUUAAAGGAACGCGCUCCUUCCUCCUGACGUCCAUGGGGUUUGAAUAGUGUGUGUGUGGGGGGGGGGGGGACUAAUUGUGUCGGGAUUGUCCAUCAGCGUGUUGUAAUUAGCACAUUAAUGAGCGCCUAAUGGCUUCUCUUUAAAUAAUGAGGCUGUCUGAGGGGGAACAAUGUACCUUUUGCACGAAGAAUGCGGAGCUUACCCCCCCCCCACACACACACACACACACACACACACACCACACGCACCCCUUGUGGAUGAGGGGAUGCUUCUUCUUCUUGUGUGUCUCCACGUCCGUUAUUAAUCGAUGCCUUAAUACUGUCUCUCAUACGGGUUGCAUCAGCGCGUAAAGUGUAUAUUUAUAUAAUUAUUGGGUAAACAUAUAUUGUAUAUAUAUUGUAUAUGAAAAUUUACGAGAUUGUAAAUAUGUAUAAUUUCCACUUUGAUAGAAGAACAUUUUAUUUUGAGAAUAAAACCAAC